CCUUAUGCCAACCUCCUCCAAACCACACCUCUCUCUCUCUCUCUCUCUCUAUCUCAUUUCUUCUUCAAACUUCUUCAUCAGUCUCUACUAUUCUCCUCCAUAAUCUCUUGUUUGUGUUUUUGCUCUAAUUAAAAUGGGUGAAGCCGUCGAGUUUUUCCAUGCAAAUGGUUUCUCUAACUUGACCCAAAAAUUUGAUCCUAAACUUGUACUUAAUGUUAAUGGUAACAGCCACUUAGACAGAGAUGGUUCCUGGUACGAAGAAACCAUUGACGAUGAUCUCAAAUGGUCGUUUGCUCUCAAUGUCAAUGGAGUGCUGCAUAAAGGGACGAGUGAGUUUCAAGAGAUAGCCUUGUUGGAUACAAAGCGUUUUGGGAAGGUUUUGGUGAUUGAUGGAAAGAUGCAGAGUGCAGAAGUGGACGAAUUUAUUUACCAUGAAUGCUUGAUACAUCCUGCUCUCUUAUGCCAUCCCAAGCCAAAAACUGUAUUUAUAAUGGGAGGUGGAGAAGGGUCAGCCGCAAGAGAAGCUCUCAAACACAAAUUACUGGACAAAGUGGUAAUGUGUGACAUCGAUCAGGAGGUGGUUGAUUUCUGCCGCAGACAUUUGACAGUGAAUCAGGAGGCAUUUUCUCAUAAGAAGCUUAAUCUUGUUAUAAAUGAUGCCAAGGCUGAACUGGAGAAGAGUUGCGAAAAAUUCGAUAUCAUAGUAGGAGACUUAGCAGACCCAGUUGAAGGAGGGCCUUGCUAUCAACUCUACACAAAAUCUUUCUAUGAGCAAAUUCUCAAACCUAAGCUUAAUCACGGUGGCAUUUUUGUCACCCAGGCUGGACCAGCAGGCAUUUUCACCCACAAAGAGGUCUUCACCUCCAUUUUCAACACAAUCAAACAGGUCUUCAAGUAUGUGGUGGCAUAUGCAGCUCACAUACCAUCUUUUGCAGAUACAUGGGGAUGGGUUAUGGCCUCGGAUGAACCGUUCUCUAUCAAUGCUGAGAAAAUGGACAGAAGGAUAGAGGAAAGAAUUGAUGGGGAACUGAACUAUUUGAAUGGUGCUUUGUUCAUCUCCUCUGCAACCAUGAACAAAACUGUUUCUUUAUCGCUGUUGAACGAAACUCAUGUCUACACUGAGGAAGAUGCAAGAUUUAUUCAUGGACAUGGGGUGGCUUACCGCAUCAACUGAGGUCUCAAGCCACAGGUUGGGGGAAUUGCUGUACAGCAACAAAAACAAAACCAAAAAAGAAAAACACCAAAGUGAUGAAGAAUGGGAGUUUGACAGUCACUGAUUUCUUCAAAAGAACAAAAGAAAAGAAAAAAAAACAACAAUUGUUUGCAGCAUUUGGUUUUACACUAGAAUAUGUUAGCUUCAUUGGGUUGUUCAUAGGAUUCAAAGUGAGAGACCUUUUUUCAAGUUAUCUUUUAUGAAUGAAACAUGAUGAGGCAUUCCUCCAUUCCUUAUUAGAAAG